AUGUCCUGUCUACUCUGUCGGUCGACCAAGAUGUUUAUGAAGGAUGAUGAAGAGAAAUGCUUGCGUGUGGUUCAAAUCACGGUAGUUCAUGGUGUGAGUAAAUUGAAUGAAAGAUCAACGGUGCAGGAGGGUGAUACGUGGAGAGAUGUGGGGCCAGUGGGUGUUAGGAGGACGUGUAGUUGUACUGCUUGGGAGAGCAUGCGGUGUUGCAAAGGAGUAAGAGUUUUUGAUAAUGCAUGCAUCACUGGAAUGGUUCUAGAGGUGGUGGAUUUGGGGUUUCGACUGAUUUUGACUGAUGGUGAACUAGGGGUUGCGUGUCCUGCUCGGAGUCCCGCCCGUUCAUGUCAUGGGAUGGGUCAUGUAUUCCUGGUCACUAACUUGGAGAAUUCAAGGUUUACGAACUCAAUGCCAAGGAUGGUGGAAGUGCAGUGCAGCUAA